GGUCGCAGUUUCCUUCUGGUAAUAUCAUGUCCCGAAUACUUUAAUUUUGGUGAUGAGGGCAGAAGGAAUCCAACAGCUUAAAAAAAAUGCACGUAAAGGCAAGUUGAUUCACCCCCUUUGCCAGAUGUAACGCUGUUGCUCAGAAAAUGGGAUUUUUUUAAUACCAAAGGUUUUAUUAAAACGUGCAUCAAGUGAUUCUGUCAGUGAUUGUGUUUCCCAUCGAAGGCGUCACUCCAGGGAGAACAUGUUAACAGCAAAGGCAAACUGGGUGAUGACUUGCCUUCGCGGUGCUCGGAUGCUCUCGGGUCACCGAACUGUGAGCAAACACCUCCAAGAUUGUUACAGAUUGCUUAAUGUACAGGAAAACUGCAACCACGAUGAAGCGAAGGAAGCCUAUGUCAAACUUGCCAAAUUAUAUCAUCCAGAUAGUGGCUCUGACGGCGCUGAUCCUCAAAAGUUCAUGCAAGUCGAAGAAGCCUACAAAGCUAUUGUCAAGCAUUUAGCAGAGAAAGGAAAGGCAGGGCCUGAUCAAAGAAUGGAUGAAGAAGAAGAACAAUCCAAGUACCUGGCACCUCAGCACAGACAGUAUCUGAGCUUUGAAGGCAUUGGUACUGGUACACCUAGUCAAAGAGAGAAGCAGUAUAGGAAGUUCAGAGUCAGUCGUGCAAGUGAUCAAGUGUUGGAUUACAGAAAACAGAAACUACAAGCUCAGGAUCUGGAAAAUACUAUGAUGGUGAUGGAUAUCCAGCAUGGCAAGAAAACAAAAAUAACCCAAGCAGUGGAACGGUUGGUGGAAGAUCUCAUCCAGGAGUCAAUGGCCAAAGGUGACUUUGAUAAUCUUAGCGGUAAAGGGAAACCACUGCAGAAGUUUGCACAAUAUCCAUACAUCGAUCCCAUGACACACAAUCUGAACAGGAUCCUCAUAGAAAAUGGGUAUCAACCAGAGUGGAUUGCUUUGCGUAAAGAAAUAAAGCAAACUAUAGAGAAACUCAGAAGUGACAUGAUGAGUUACAGGAAAAAGCUUGGUGAGCCCCUGACUGUCCAUACUCAGAAACAUUGGAACCUAAUCUGUGAGCAAUUCAGAAAUGAUAUUAAGCAACUUAAUAAAACGAUAGAUAGAUUCAAUUUGAUUGUACCUCUACUGAACAGACAGAUGCUGCACUUUAACCCAGAUAAGGAGAUUGCUGUCAUAUUGAAAAACUAUGAUAUGUUAACGGAGGCAAACAAAGCCACGUCAGAGAUUAUUGGAAAAUCAACUGAAGAAAAUAGUACAAAAAACACCUUACUGAAUUGGAUCAAACAUUUGCUGAAAUAUGAUCAGAGGAAGUAGUGAAAGCCGGUAACUUUAAUGAUCAGAAUGUUAAUUUAUUCAUGUAAUUAUUUUUUUAAAAUUGCAGCAUAGGAGCACAUUACUUGGAGAAGGCCAUUCACUCAGAUUAUGGUAUAUUUUUAGUUUAAUGCCACUUUAUUCACAGUUUCUCCAUGUCACAUGAUGCCUUUACCUGUCUAAAAUCUGUCAGUUUUAAUCCUGAUACUUCAAAUUAUCCUUUUGAGCAGAAAGAGGAACACAGAAAGGUCAGCACAAUAUUGUGGGCCAAAGGGCCUGUACUGUGAUGCUAAAUCUGAAAUUUUACUUAGAAAUGUGUUUCAGCAUUUCCUUUCUUUAUCAUAUUUAUCUCAUUCUAUGUCUUUCUUCCAUCUGCCAAGCCAAGGAAUAUUUACUGUAUUCAGGAAGUAAGUUCACAUCAAUAAAUUCUCUUUGCUGUGGUAUUUAAACUGCAAUAAUUCCAUCCUGAAGAAUACUGCAUGUAAGGAAAAAAAAUGUUGGUGAAUUUAAUAAAGAGCUAUUUGCUUAUUGUAAUGAUCAUCAAAUCUACUGAUUUUUUAAAAAAUAAAGGCUUAAUAAAGCCUUAAUUUUUGUGGCAUAAAGUACAUUAAACCACAAAAAAUUGAAAUGGUUAGAAUUCAUUAUGCUGUACAAAUACUACUAUGUAGGAACAGUUUUUUCUGGAACUUGUUCACUUCUGAAAUUGUUUUUUGUAAUU